UAGACGGAAGGACCGCAAUUUGUCUGCAAUUCGUCCGUAAUAUUACACCCUUGAUCAUGACCGCAAGAUGACAACGUUCCACAUCCUGGUGAUCGUUGCCAUUUUGCUUUACUUUCUCAUCAAGAAACGGUACCGUUACUGGACGGACCGGAAGGUACCACAGGCCCAGCCGGAACUCUUUUUCGGCAAUGUGCGUAACGUGAGACGCACGGUACACCUCGCUGAGCGCUUCCGGCAGCUCUACGACGAGCUGAAGGGCAAGCAUCCGUUCGGCGGGAUCUACAUGUUCUUCAAGCCCAUCGUACUAAUCACCGAUCUGGAGCUGCUGAAGUGUGUGUUUGUGAUAGAUUUCCAGUAUUUUCACGAUCGCGGCAAUUACUACAACGAGAAGGAUGAUCCCAUAUCCGCCCAUCUGUUCAACCUGGAGGGCCAAAAGUGGCGCAAUCUGCGCAACAAAAUCUCACCAACGUUCACGUCGGGCAAGAUGAAGAUGAUGUUCCCGACCAUCGUGGCCGCUGGAGAGCAGUUACGUGAUUUUAUGGAAGAGUCGGUACGCGAUAAGGUGGAGUUCGAGCUGAAGGAUCUACUGACACGCUUCACGACGGACGUGAUCGGUAUGUGUGCGUUCGGGAUCGAAUGUAACAGUAUGCGCAAUCCGGAGGCCGAGUUCCGGCUGAUGGGCCGGAAAAUUUUCCAGCGACCGACCAGCACUUUGAGGAACCUGGUGGUCAACACCUCCCCCCGAUUGGCGAGAGCGAUUGGUAUUCGUGUGAUUGAACGCGAUGUGUCCGAUUUCUUCAUGAAAGUCGUCCGGGAGACGAUCAACUACCGGGUGGAGAACAAUGUAGAGCGCCACGAUUUCAUGAACAUACUGAUUGGAAUGCGCAGCGAUAACGAAACCAAGUCUGAGGAUGAUAAGCUGACGUUCAACGAGAUCGCCGCUCAAGCGUUUCUGUUCUUCUUGGCCGGCUUCGAUACCUCUUCGGCGCUGCUGGCGUUCACUCUGUACGAGCUGGCGAUGAACCAGGAGCUACAGGAGAAGGCCCGUAGCAGUAUCGAGGAGGUGCUGCAACGCCACGAUGGACAGCUGACCUAUGAGGCAAUCAUGGAGAUGCACUACAUGGAGAAAGUGAUGAAAGAGACACUGCGCAAGUACCCACCGAUAGCGGUGCACUUUCGAGUAGCUGCGAAAGAUUAUUUAGUACCGGGCACGGAUACCGUCAUCUCGGCCGGUACCUCGGUGAUGGUCCCGGUUUACGGCAUCCAUCACGAUCCACAGUAUUUCCCCGAUCCCGAGCGUUACGAUCCGGAGCGGUUCAGCGCCGAGGAGGAAGCGAAGCGUCAUCCGUACGCGUGGACACCGUUCGGCGAGGGUCCCAGGAUUUGUGUUGGGCUGCGAUUCGGACUGAUGCAGGCACGGGUUGGGUUGGUGCUGCUGCUGCGUAGCUUCCGAUUUGGGGCGAGCGAGAAAACCGUUUACCCCAUGCAGCUGGACCCGAAAAGUGUUAUCCUCACGCUGGACGGUGGUAUGUGGUUGAAGGUGGAGAAGCUCAAGUAAACGUUCGCUGCACCAAAAAAAAAAACGAUUCGCGAUCGCAAGAAGCACUUUAUUGGUUUCCAUUGUUUAACAGUUUAAUUGGUUUUAUGCUUUUGAAAUGCCCCCGAUAACCGUGGCUAUGGCCAGUGUAGUUCGUAAUGGAGCAGAAUACCUAUCAGGAACGAA